AUGCUAGAUUCAAAAGUGAAAAACAUCAAUGCCAUUGGAUUUCCCUACCCGAUAUAUGUUGUCGAUGUCUUGGAUAGAAACUCGUUGGUCGUUGCAGGUGGUGGUGGUGCUGUAAAAACUGGUGUUCCCAAUCGAAUCGAUAUUAUCAACCUUUACCGAAAUGACAAAAGUGAUCCAAUUCCUAUCGACUGCCAGCGGUCUGGUGGUUUGGACACUGGCACGAAAGCUGUUAUGAGUCUUAACGUCAUCACUCCAGGAGAUGGUGGUUGCAUUGCAAGUUUGGAAGGUCAGAAAUGUGUAGAAUACAUAGCCCAUUCAAAAGUAAACCUCGUUACUUCGCCCUUGAAGUCAUCUAGUGUGGAGAAUCAUUCAUCUGUAACUGAAAAUCCGGGUGAAAUAAACUUACGCCAAAGAACAGGGAAAUGUGAAAAGACAAGUGCACACUCUGAAUCAAAUAAACCACAAAUUUCACUGGAACAAGAUUCAAUUAAGAAAGAUGAAAUUAGUCUGAAUGAUCCAGUUCCUCUGGAAUGGGAACUAACCAAAGUUCGUGAAUACACACUCAUACAACAGGCCGCUUGUUCAGCUGAUGAUUCUGGCUCUGAAUCACCAUCAGGUUCUGUGCCUACAAGUUUGUUAGGAACACCAACAUGUGUAACACAUGGGGGACCUGCUGGUACUUGGUUAGCUGUUGGAUCUGAUAGCGGCUCUGUUUUUCUUAUCAAUCGCUAUUCUCAACAACAGAAUUUCCUCCCUAGUGAACAUCAGUUAGAUGAUAUUUCUUCUCAGCCAUUGGUUCUGUAUCCAGAUGUUAGUGGUGGUCUUUCAACUGGUGUUUGCAGCAUGGCUUUUUCUCAUCCAUGUGUUUAUACUGAUGCAUAUGAAAAUACAUUUAAGCUUCAGGAUCAGAUUUUAUUCAGUCAUUCAGUAGAAAAACAUCCAUAUGCUAUCGCUUCUUGUAGUGCUGUAUCUUGUAGUGCUACACCUCCACCUUCACCGACUCUUACUUCAUCAGCUUCUACGUCUGGUAAAGUGGUUGAUCGUUCUCAUGACCGUUCAACUUAUCGUUUCAGACACUGUCAGUUUAUGAAAUAUUCCAUUGCGCCACAAGUUUCAGCAAAUCAGACCUUGUCUACGGAUUCUAAAGUCGACAAGAGUGAUGGUGUUGAAUCUAUGCUGGUUACCACUCUUCAGCCUCUAUGUGCAAAUCGUAAAAGCUUUAGUCACUUGGUUGUUUGGUCAGUACCUCACCCUUCAAUGGAAAGCUGUGAGUCGUCAAACAGUGGAAGAAUGCACCAGCCAGUUCAACUCACUACCUUUGCAGAGAUUACUCUUCCACAAGGACAUCUACCUGCUUGUUUAGCUGUCCACCCUAGUCGUUCACGUGGUUUGAUCGCUGUAGGCACCAUGGAGGGACGUGUUGAUGUGUACUUCUUGUCACCAUCCAACCAUCGGCUAGUCAACGUUUAUUCCUUGAAUAAUGCACAUCCGAUUUUUGUUACUGCAUUAACUUUCCUACAGCAAGAUUCAUCAGUGCUAACUCGAACCUCUCAUAAAGUUGUCUCACGAACUGCUCUAAAAUCAGAUUCAUUCGAUUUAGUCAGUGUUAGUGUCGACCGCCUAGUAAAAUGGCAUCGUGGCCCAGCAUAUUCAACUGUUGGACAACUUUCACGCGGAAUUAUCAACACGGAUAAUACCAGCUGGCUUAGAACUACUCUGAAACCAAGGAUUUGUAUCUCUGUACUUAACAUUCUCGGUGUAUUACUGCUACCAGUUCUGAUAAUGUUUUUUGAGGCAUUUUUGUCGCAAUUUUGA